CUAUUCGCUAUUUCCAACAGCAGCAUCGUACUGUCGUAUUCUCUCGCGCAGAGACAGCGUCGGAAGGUGCAAGGCCUCCCCUUCGGACUCCAGAAAGCAGAACCUCCUGCUAACGGGCCAUCCGCGGCAGCCGCUGGCAGCGGCGGUGCGGCGCCAGCUCCCGGAACCCCGCUCGUGCCCCCGAAGGCGCCGAUCCCCGAGUUCUCAUUCGGUGUCUGGAACGCUACCGAUGGCACCGUCUGCAUACUGGCCAAGUUCCAGGUCUUCUUCACCAUCACCUACGCCGGCAGAGGGGGACUUCAGACGGUAACCCUGAAAAUGCCCGAGAGCGCCAAAGCCAAAGGAAUCUGCCCCACGGAGGACCAGGAGCCCGUUCUGGAACUUACAUGGCCAGUGUUCCGGUUCAUCCUGAUGUUCUCCAGAGUUCCCCCAGUGAACGACAAGGGCAAAGGAUCAUGGAAGGUUAGCGGUUUGGAGAUCCAGUUCAACACAAACUCCCCUUUCUUCCCGGGCGCCACGAACGCCGGCAAGCGGACGGCCCGCAGUCCAGAGAAUAUGACGCUGUUCGAGACACCGAUGGGCGAGUCGUACUUUUGUCCGACGCCUAAGCUGGUCACGCUGACGGACUCGCGCGGUGGACGCAAAGUGGCCGUGCAGUUCAAGGACCUGCGCAUCCAGGCGUACGAGUUCCAGGGAACCUAUGGUCCAGCGCACCGGUGCAGCCAGGUGCGCAUGGCCGGCGUCCAGGACCCGUUCCCGCAGGACGAGACGGUGCCCAUCGCCGUCGGCUCUACGCUCGCCGUGGCUGCAGUCGCCGUGGUCGUCGGGUACGCCCUCUACCGAUCGGUCUUCGUGCGGCGGGUGGACUACAAUACCAUGAACUGAGCGAUGACGGCUCCGCUACAGCGCGCCGCUGUAGAACACGUGUGCUGCAGAGCCGCCAUUCCUGGGUACCAAAAGCCGGCUGGGUGGCCGCACCUAGGCCCGCUAUCCUCACUGGAAGACGCAGAGGAUAACAGCGUUCGAGUGGUACCCAGGUGUGGCGCCUGCGUCAUCGGCAGAUGUACGACAACGAGCGCAGCACUAUUUAAGCACGCCGCUAAAGCCACGCCGGGUGCCCAAGUGCUCGGCGCCUGUGAAAGUUGUCAGGUGGUGGAGGCGGUAGCUAUAACAGUUGAUCAGUAGCGGCGUGCCGAGACUCCCUUAUAGUAGAAUGCUUCAACACAUCGUGAUCACGACGUCCUUUGUGCGAUUGCGGUUUACGCUACUGCGAUGCAGAACUCCUGGUCCGAUAAGAAUCUAUGUGAGCACGCGCAGCUGUCCGGAAGCGUGAAAUGUGAUCCCUAAGGGUCGCAUUUUACAGUAGCGGAUGACAUGCCAUCGAGGCGUUCUAGAACGUUCUGCCCGUGCCGUUUUGAGCGCUGCACGAAACUGCAAAGCAAACACUCGCAUAUUCGGGGGAUAAAACUGUAGGAAAACUGGCAGCUCUGUCUAAUGCCAUUCCCAGAUACAUUCAGGGCAAAAAUAGGUCGAGAACUAUAAGAUCGAAUUUUACAAUUCACGCGAUUCAGCAUCAUUAUGCCUAGCUUCAUGCAGGAGCAUAUUAAGGCAAAUUAAUAGCCAGUUUAAGCUUCACACACACACACACACACACACACACACACACACACACACACACACACACACACACACACACACACACACACACAGUAACUAACAGCAGCAUGACAUGCACAUUGGCAAAUCAGGUCUGUGUAAUCCGUGUCCAGCCUUAGCGUCAUUUUCUACUUGACUUGAAAACUACAUUCAUAAUCUAUGCAUCACUUUUAGGCAUCCUUUAACUACAAAUGACUGCUAUUUCCCCACUAGUUGCAUAAUUAAAAAAAAGCAGAUGAGCUAAAUUUUGAAAAAUGUGGGCAGUGUUUGGAAGGCUCACAAAAAACUCCUGGCAAAUUAACAUAAAAGCUUCUGCAGUUUCCGCGCUGUGCCGAAUACAGGCAAAGACUAAAUGUAACAACUUAAACACACGAACGCAAAUUGCAAGCACUACAUUUUGAAAACGCUGGGUUUCUCUGGUUUCUUGAGAUGUAUUACAAUCAUGGCAAGCCUUUCCCCUCACUUCCCUGCUGCACUGAGUGAGCUCAGGGCAACAAAGUCACCCUGCAUUUUUGUGUUGCGUUGCACCACAUUGAUGUCCCAUGUCACGAUGACUGAUUUAUAGCAGGAGAUAAAAAAAAAAAAAACCAUCUAACUCCUUUCAGGAAAUCAAAACCCCAAUGAUAUUACUCACAGGACCAGUCAGAGGACUGGUGUUCAUACCAAAACACUAUUUUUUAAGAGUGAGUUAAAGGGGAAAGCUGAGAUUGCACAGUGCUGUCACUAAAUGUGUGCAAGUAAACAUCGCCGAGACAUCGAGAAAUCAAAGGAAACAGAUUCAGUGUGUGUGUGUAUGUGGCAAGAAAAACAUGGUCAUCAUGCUAACUUGAAGGAAACGAGCAGAUCGUAUAACAUUAACCUGCAGCUGCCAACCAUGUUGCUCCAGCAAAAGGAUAUGUCAAGGCACAGGUUUGCUCAGGAAAGCAAAAGCUCUGCUUACAGCCAUGCAUGCUUACAUGUGAUUUUAAGUGCAACAAGCGAGAUCAGUGCUUUUUCAUAAAGAUAAUAAAAGCUUGAGUAACAAAAAACAAAAUUGUGGUUAUACUCUCCUGCCCUACUUCAGCUGUUAAAGCUUGGCCUCCAGACAGUGACUCUGAUAAGGGCUUCCAGAUCAACUAUGUUCAGCCUCCUUUACGGCGCAUGUUUUGCUUUGACAAGACAGCAGUCAUAUUCAUCAUGAAUACGCUGCAUGAGGUCUUCCAUUCAGGAUGGGUCAGAGCUGGAAUACAUCCCUACAUUCAGGAUGCAAAGCUCUGCAUGAGAGACUUGUGGUACUGAACAAAGCACAAAUAAAAAAAAAAUCCCUUUUUUUGUAUGUCAGUAAAGUAGAAUGUUGUAUGAAAUAAUGUGUCACAAAAUAAGCCUUUGAUAUGGUUUUUAUGGGAUUUCAACAGUAGUACCUUAAAUCUGACAGAAAAUAUAGCAAGCAAGCAGUGCAUCAUGAAAUCAGUGUGUGCUUGCAGCCUACAGUCAGCAGCAAAUGAAACAUGAUAAUCUAAGUCUGAAGUCUGUGACAAACCUUUCACUUGUAGGCAGUUUAUGGUGAGGAAAGUAAAACUUCAUGACCCACUAUGAAAUAAUGAGCAAUCUUCAGAGGCAUGCAGUCUGUAAUAAAUGCAUCAAUGUCAGUGUGCUUGUUGAAGGAAUGUGGCAGCUCUUGUGCAUUGAGGUACUGUUCUCACUGGAAUUUGCCUGUAACAAAACUGGGCUUUAAGAGGACACUUUAACUUAGGUCCACCUCGAUCUUUCCUGCCAAUUUAAAUACACGUGAAAUGCAAAAAUGCUUUCAUUAGGCAAUCUCUUAUCAGACUUAAAUAAAAUCUGGCACAUUUAAAAGGGCAGUUAAAUUCCAGUGACUGUAGGAGCUUAUUAUUUUUCAUUUAACCUAUCAAACAUUUUACCCACGUUGUAAGAAAUUGAUUAAAAAAAAGUGUGAGGCAUCAAGCUUACAAUUUUUAACUCUGCACUAAAGAGACGUUUCAAUUUUGUAAACUGCACACAGAGCAUGUAAGUGGACAAAUACAAUGCCACUUGCUUACAUAAAACAAUAUUAGUUUAAUUCAGGGCCUUGCUGCAAGGCAUAAAGAAUGAAUAUAAUAUAGAACAUCAUAUAAAGCUAUGCAGCUCCAUUUGACACAGGUACUAGAAGAAUGUCUUUGCGAAAUCGUCUCACAACGAAAAGAGUUUUGCAAAGGUUGUAUGCACAAAUUAUUGACACAUUUCAGAGCUAUGUGCAAGGUUUAGUUUUGACUUCCUAACAAACAUAUUUAUGCAAUUGUGACUUUCAUGCUGUUCAGUAACCAGAAUAGUUGUAAACAUAGUCCAAUUUUUUUUAAAUUUUCGGCCUUUUGGCAAUGUUCAUAAAGAGUUUGAUAUUAAACAAUCUGCUGCUAAGAGUGGCUAAAGCUUAACUUCUGCCAUAAAAUUAAUCAAAUUGAGUUUAAAAAAUCAGUCCAGUUGUGAACACACACAAAAAAGGGCAUUUCUGUGUUAAGUACUUGAAGAAGGAAGCGUCAAGUAAAGAUUCCUCCUAUUCCUACCGCCAGUGAAAAACAAUCAAUGUCAGUAUACAUUGGCAAAGCCGUAAAGAGGGCAGUGGUCUUUACACUUCUGCCACAAACUAUGCAAUGCAGCAUAGGCACACUUACUGAAAUGACGCAAUUUCAUUGUGCAGCUAUCAACCAAUGGAAGCAUUGAAACUUAUCAAUCCUGUGAAAAUGCAAGCUCCACAUGAAAUCAACAAAGGCCUGUGUGUGCCUGGCAAGUUUUUAUAACACCGCAAAGCAUGCAGCCAUUGUAUUGAAUGAAAACCAUGCACUCAAGUUAUGUUUCAUUUGUUGACAAAUGUACAGCCUACAGCAAAAGAGCAAAGGCCAGUUGGCCCCUUUUGACCGUUACUUUUUUUCAGUAGGGUGCCAAUCAGCGAAAAAAUUUAACAGGACACAGGAUUUGGAGAAAAAAAAAUUAAAUUUGCAAAACUUGCAAUAUGUGCCUGCAAAACUUGGGCACAUACUGUUGACUUCAAUUGCUCAUGUGUAGUAGCUUCUGCAAUCUGCAGUGAUCUAUUGAAUUAGCACUAUGCCUUAACAGACCGCAAAUUGACAUUUGUCACGAAACCCGUGUCCCGUAAGCUUCUGUCACCAACAGUAGAUACACAAGCACAUCAGUGUACCACCUUAAAAUUUGCGGUCAAUGUCUUUUAAAAUAUUCCGUGAAAGUUUCAGAGGUGGUUUUAAUUGAUGGACUCUACAGCAGGGAUUGAUUUUGGUUGUGACCUUUUUUACGUAUUUGAAAGUUUAGAAACCUUUCACUCCAUCAAAUUGCAAGAUUUCUGCAUAAGAAUGAACAUUUAUGUGUUAGUCCUAUGUGAGUUCAUAAAAAUAAGAAUAAAAGAUGAAAAUUUGCAGUCAUAGCUGUUUUGUCAGUAGUGCUAUGCUGGCCACAAGUUUUCCCCGCUGGCCACUAGCAGAGCAAAUGUGGUUGAGUAGAAUAUGUCGCUGGGCGAGUUGGUUCAAGUCCAGGAGGGUACAUAUUAGCGCGACGCAGAAAUAAGCACUUUGUAGGAGGGAGUAAAAAAGUGCUCGUUCUUACUCCCUCCUACAAUGUCAUUAUUCCCAUGUCGCGCUAAUAUGUACUCCCUAGAUCAAAUGUUCGUUUCUCAGGUUGGGAAUGACCAGUGUCUAUCAGGUGAACAAAAAUAAAAGAAGAAAUGAAAUGAAAUAAAAUCUGCCAGCGGUGCAUAGUUACAAAUGUUGCUGUUCGCACAAAUGCUUUGCAAGGUCCCUUCACACCCCCCUUUCUUCCCCGCACCAUGUCAACAAUGUUUAGGAACACAAGUAAAAAUAAUUAUGAAUGUGGAAGUCUUGCUGUCCAUAUAAUUUUCUUCCUCUGUUCUUCCUAAUGAGAACGAAAUUUACCUGGCACAUAAUUUACUGCUGUGAAACCCUACCGUAACAUACCAAGAGAUGCCCACCCCCGAAAGAAAACCCACCCCGGUUUUCGGCAUUAUUUGCCAUUUUUUCCAAAACACCG